UGGUCCUACCUCUUUCUUCUCUCUCGCUUUUUCCAGCGACACCAGCACAGGUGUAUGAAUCACGCAAGCGGUCGUUUGUUCAAUGGGGACGCGGGGUGUCACUGGAGGCUUAUUUGCGGCGCGAUGCGAGGAUGGAUAAUCACGAAGUCGCAAAAGAUGGCAGACUUACAACUUGGAUUCUCGCUGCUCGGGAGACGCAUACCUUUGAAUCACUGGAUUUCUUGUGCUCAUGUGAAACGUAUCGUCGAGAAGGGCUCCUCGUCAAUCGACUGGAGGGCAAGAACGCCCCUCAGAAAGUGUAUUGCUAUGGCGUAGCCUCGGUCUUCACUCCAGCUGAGCACAGGAAAAAAGGGUACGCACGCCACAUGAUGCGCCUCCUUCACUGGAUUCUCGCUCCAAAAUCGACGCUGCCGGCGGACAAGUUCCCGCCCGAGUGGGGUACUCCUCCAGAACGGCCAGAUCACAUUUUCGAUGCCGCCUUCUCCGUCUUGUACAGCGAUGUAGGAGCGGAUUUUUAUGCCCAAUGUGGACCCUACGGAGAAUCGAACCAGGGUUGGAUUGUCACCGAACCCAGCGCGACGGCCUGGAGCCUUCCUGCGACCUCUGAGAACGAAACCUUAUUGGCGGCAAAGGAAACCAGCCAACUCGCGUGGAAAUGGCUUGAUGGAUCCUCGACCUACGAGAUUUGGGACGCUGAUGCUAAACUCCUCGCCGACGAGAUGAAAGCCCCUACGACGGGCAAGCAAAGUGAGGUCACAUUUCUGCCGCACAAGGGCGUCGCGGGAUUCCAGUACCACAGAUUGCAAUACUUCUGGGAGAAACUGGAACCGAUCCCGAAAUACUGGUCGAUCUGUGCAGAGUCUGGAUCUGGAGAAGACGCAGUGGACCCGACGACGUUCGCCUCAUGGACUCUGGAUAUACGCCUGCCAGACGAGAAUGCUCUCAUCAUCACUCGUCUCAGGGUAAGACCAGAACACUUUCUGGAGCUGCUGGCCCAGAUACUGGAGUACGCAAGGCAACACAAGGUCGAGAGAGUCGAGGUGUGGGGACUGCCUCAGGAGCUACGAAAGCUGGCGACCAGUACGGGGGGGAAGACAUUCGCGCGGGAUGAUCAUUUGUCUUCAUUCAAGUCGUACCUGAAGGAGAAACCGGAAGACAUCGCAUGGAUACAUAACGAGAAGUUCUGUUGGUGUUGAG